AUGGCUCACUCGCCUUCUCCUGCGUCUCCGCUGGCCGGAACGUAUCGUGGAUCCUAUACCAACCGCUCACCCUCUCCUCCUGCCCAACCCAUGUCGAAGAAGGAUAAAAGAAAAUCACAACACAUUGCGCAAGUGCAAGACCUGCAAGAUGACUUCCAACAUAACCGCGAAAGCCAUUUUCGCAAGCAGCUGGUCGCUCUCCAGCAGGACAUGAAUAUGAUCACGCACUCCGACCCCUACCUAGCUGAGUUGAUCGAAGACUCUCCAGAAGAGCUGCUACGCAUGGCCGAGCAGGCUGCUUCUGGCACCCCAUAUCAAUCAGAAUUGUCUUCGCUUGCGGGCAAAUGGUAUGCAGACUUCGUCCAUGAAGUCAACAGUGCGAAAGAAGACAAAGAGCUCGCCCUUAUUAACAUCACAAAUGUCCACGAACAGAAACUCGAUCGCCUAAAAUACGAGUGCGACUUUCGACUGCAUCUCGCCGCCGAAGAGUUCGAUCACAUGACCAGCACCCUUCGCGAACGUCUCACCCAACAAUUGUCAUCCAAGAGGCACAGGCUCUUGAAGGAGAAAGAGCAGUUAGACAUAGCAGAUACCAAUGCGCUAUUGCUACAUCCGAGCCAAUUCACCAUUACCAACCCUGCCAGUCCUGCCGGACAAACCAGUCGCAAAACCCGCACCACGCGCCGUGGUGAGCAGGAUGACCUCAAUGGCUACCACGAUGUCGCCGGCAAGAGGAAGCGCAAAUUCAUGGACGACGAUGUUGGCUCUCCCUCACGCAAUGGCGCGUCCACCCCUGCUGGCCGUAGAGCAGCCGAUGCGCUCAAUCACCAGACUGCGCCACUGUAUUCUAUUAGCACUCUUUUCACCGAGAAAGAGCUCAACUUCCAGUCACACCAGGCCCAGAUCGCGGCUCGCCACUUCUUCGCGACAUCUCACAAGGAAGGCGAGACCAAUGGCCGCAGCAAGCGUGUCAAAGAUGAUGGUGAUGCCAAGUCUGCCGGCUCCAGUAACGACAGCGGCGAUGAGGACGAGGAGCUCGAGGCACCCGGCAUGGAACGAACGGCCAGCCAGAAUGUCCAUGUCACUCGUUCCACUCGCACCAUCGGCGGUCUGGCCGGCCUCAACAUUCUCAGCGAUCUGGCAGAGAAAGCCUCGACAAGACCGGCACUGCCAUACGCGACACUACACACCCAUCAGCAGAAGUCUGGCACAUUUCUACCUCAAGCAAGCCGUCUACUCGACUCCGAGAUUGAAGAAGAUCUCACCAAAAUCACCCAGAUCGAAUCCCAACCUGGCGACCAGGUGGAUAGGAAGGCGGUUGAGGAAGCGCUGGCUCCUCUCACCAAGAAUCGCAGCAACCUCGCGCCUGACUGGCCGGUGUACAUGGACGUGCAUCUUCAGGCGUUCGACCCGCGUGCCUCAUAG